AUGGAGGAGCUUGAUCGGAUUCUUGAUCAAUUCACAGAUCCCUUAGCGGGGUCACUGCAUGGCGCGGCGUUCAUUGCGAUUGACAACUUAGGAAAUGUUAUCUACAAACGGGCCGCCGGAAAGGCGGACUUUGAUACACCUAGUGCAAAGCCUUUGGGAAUAGACUCUCUAUACUGGAUUGCCUCAAUGACGAAAAUGGUCACAGCCGUGGCUGUGAUGCAACUAGUGGAACGCGGAAUUAUAUCAUUAGAUGACGAUAUCCGCGAGAAAGUCCCAGAGCUCAGAGAUAUCCAAAUUCUGGAAGAUAUGAAGUACGACUCUUCGCUGGCAUCGGCCCAGCCAAAACUUGUGCCCGUUCAAGGGAAGAUUGUUAUUCGGUAA